CCAGUAGAUCCACACGAUGCGCCGUUGCGACAAUGCGAAACCUUAUACAAUUUGGCACUUCGGCGCGAUCAUACUGGUGCAAAGGAGUUAUAUGUGAAACUUCUAAAGCACGAUUUAAUGAAAAAUCAAACGUUUCAAGUUCCAAACAAUGGUAUACCGUUAUCACAACGUAUUACUCGAUUAAAAUAUUGUGUGUUAAAGAAUUAUGCAGAAUUAUUAGAACACGAGCAUCAAAUUCACAGGACUAAAAUAGAUGCACAAAAUGCAAUCGAAUAUUAUCAUAGGGCGUUAAGAAUUGAUCAAUCUGACCAUAGCAUCUGGUUAAAGAUUGGGAAACUUGCAAUGUCAGAAGAGAUCAAUGAUCCCCAAUAUGCUCGCUCAGCCUUAACAAAAGCAUUAGAAGACUUCAAUGUUGCACAAUCGUUUUCAAAUUUUGAUGAAGACAUUCACGUACCUCCCGUAUUCCUCUCGCCGAUUCACCAAGAAGCUUUAAGAGAAUUAUGUCGUCUUUUGUAUGACAUUGGUGAUUUUUAUGCUUGUCUGCGUGCAAUUGAUAAAGGCUUGAAAACAGACCCUUACAAUCAGACACUUAAUCAACUCAGAAUUCAACUAUUGGAGAAUACAUGGGUUAGAUCAUUAUUACCAAACGAUUAUUAUGAAAACUCUCCACCCAUAAUAAGGCCUUUAUAUUCGGAGGAUAUUCCAAGACGUUUGAAACCAUCCGGAGUGUUUAGUCCUAAUGCAAUGAAAUCAUUGCGAUUUAAUUUGCCAAAUUGUACAUGGAAUGGACUAGGUGAAUUUUUACUAAUUGUUUAUGACAAAAUCAUGUCAGGUAAGAUUGUCGAUGACGAUUCGCUCAUUCCAGUUAAAAGUCGACACAUCAUAAUAGACCUUCAAGGCAAUGUCGUUAAAACUCCGGAUAUGAAUGACGCUAGUGUAACUGCUCAAAGGCGAAAAAGGAAGGAGCCUCCAAAUGAUUACAGUAAUGAUAAAACAACGCAGACACGUUCGUCGCGUGUUACAUCUAAAAUUACAUCAAAAAUAGACUCGUUUAAUCAAAAACGGAAUGAUUCUUCAUUGGAAUUCCUUGAAAAAAUCGAAUCGAUCAUAGAAAAAGUAGAGCGCGAUUAUUUAAUAAACAUUAAGCAAGAGGAUGAUGCAGAAAGCGAUAAAUUUCUAUUAUAUUUUAGUAAAGUUUGGAAUCAACAUGUUCUAAGCGAGUAUCAUGGAUCAAAUGUCGAAGAGGCCAUAAAUAAUCCGAGAACAAACACUGCAUCUGAUCCUCGAUUCUAUAUGUUUACCCCUCAUACCGAUCCACCUCCAUCUAAUUCUUACUUUCAUGACAACUACCGAAUGCAAGAAUCAUUUGCAACGUUCGUCAAUGACAUGAAUAAUAAAAAUUCUGGAAUUACAGACUAUUUAUGCAUGUACAUUAUACAUUUGUUUGGAAAAUUGGUGGAAACUGAAGAUGGGAUUAAGCCGUUGUGGCUUUGUAGAUGGCCAGAUGGAUUAAAAGAAAUAGUUAGAGAGAUUCUACAAAGGGUAGACAAUCAAUUGUUGGCAAUGAUCGAAAAUACUUGCACUGAUUGGGACAGAUCAGUCAAUUGUGCCAAUGUGAUUAUGGAGGAAAGCUACGAUAACAUUUUUCAACAAAUGAAGCAAAAAUCCGAGGUUUUGAUGGGUAUAUGCGAAUUUCUAUUUGAUUCUCAAAUAUCAAGAAAUGGUAUUACAACUCCUGAAGAUGUUCAAGAUUCUCCAAGCUGUUGUCAAGAAAUGACUUCCAACUUGCAAACAACUUUAGACAUGUGUAAAUGGUUAAUAUAUCGUUCAUCAUGGAAUAUAAUGGAUUUUGUGUCGUAUGCUAAAUCUCAAGGACCACUAUAUGAAGAGGAUGUUAGGAAGUGGGAACACCAUCAUAAAAUGUGGAAAAUGUGGUCGAAUCAAUUGAACGCAAGAUAUUGGUGGUGUACUGCUCGUAAUGACUUUUGGCAAAGAGAUUUAGAUAAAGCAAGGACUUCUUUUGAUGAAUGCAAAAGGAUUCUUGAACUGGGUGAAUGCGUGGAUGUUACGAUAGCUAAUUGUGCAUUUGAUGCCCAUAUUAAUGUUGCAAUAAUAAAUAAUAAAAUCGUGUCAUUGGAGUCUCGUAAGGAAUUGCCCGAAGAUGAUUGGUCACGUGCAAUUACACAUUUUUCUGAUACGAUCAAAUUUUUGCUAAAUUGGGUUUCUGAUAACAUUGAUGAAGAUAGGGUGGUUCAAUUUUGGACCACGAUUCAUUCGAUAAAUGAAGCGAUAUCAAAAGUUGCUGAACUCAUGUCGGAAGGGCAUUCAGUUGCCAACCUUCCAGAAAAUGAAUAUAAGAAAUUCAAAAAAUAUUUCCGUAUAUUGUACAAAACGAGUUUUGAAAUACUAUUCCCAAAAACUGAAGAGAUUGUAAAUGCUGAAGCUGAAUCAAGCGAACAUCUUCAUAUCUUGUGUGCUCGUACAUGGAUUUUAUUUUAUCAUUUAUUAAAAGAAAAGUCUUCCGUUUCGAGUGAAGAAUUUGUUGAAUUUUUAGUGACCGUUCAUGAUCAACUAGGGGAGCGUUAUAUUUGCGGAACAGAUAAUGGUGCAUUUUUGAAAUUUUGCAUCAAAGCCUUUACCGAACUACAUCCAUCAGAAAACCGUAUACAUGAAUAUCAAUGCUGCCAUUGUUUAUAUCGAGUUGUUCUCAGUGUUGAUACUGAAGUUCCAUGGGAUCACAAAACCCAGCCUGUUGAACUCGAUAUCAAAACAGCAGAAUUGCUUUUCAAGAACAUUCGAAAUUAUAUUAACGAAAAACCAUUCCGGACUUGGCAGAUCAAGAAUGAUGUCAAGGACACUUUGGAUAAGAUAGCUAAUAUAGUCAUUCCUCCGCGAAGCGACCGGUUCAAUCAGUGUAGUUGGAGAACACAACAUUUCCUUGAUAGUGAAAUUAAUUUUUAUGAAGCUAUACAAUAUAAAGAACACGAUCAUUACGUUAGCGACCUUGGUGCGGUUUCCUAUAGAGAUGCUGGAGAGGCUAUCACAGAUCUUUAUUAUUUUCGUGGAAAAAUUCUACAAUAUCAAUUUAAGACCCGUACAAAGGGUAAUCAAACAAAGGCAAUUGAAACUUUGGAGAGGGCUAUAGAACAAUUCACUUAUGAUCUUUCCAAUAAUCCACUAAGAUUUGCUUCAUGGUACGCAUUGGGAUCUUGUUAUGCAAGUCUUGCUGAUGAAAAUUUAACAUGGAACGCCGAAGAAAUAAUAAAUAAUCGAGGAAGGAUUGCAAAAUAUCAGAAGAAAUCAUUUCUUUGUUAUGCGAGAGCUGCGAAGGUGAUUACCUGGUUUUCUGGACAGCAGUCGCUAGCAGUACCAAGUGAUGAAGUGAAUUUUUGGAGGGAUUUUGGUUAUCAGGUUUAUUCAAUGAUUACCGAACCAAUGUCAAUGGAAGCAUUUCAAUUAAAUCCCUAUCAUGCUGUGUUAUGGCGUAGACCAAGUGUCAAGGAUGCUUACGCAUUUUCUGCUUAUUGUUUUGGGAAAGCAAUGCAGAAUGAGAGAUAUUUAAUUGAGAACCAAAGUGAUAAUGGAAAUGGAACGCCAAUGAUUCAUGAUUGGAGAAUACCUUAUAUGCUUGGCAAAUGUUACCAAAAACUUCAAAAACCACCAGAGGUGGUUAUUCAACUAUAUAAAAUGGCUGUAGAUCGAACUCCUGAAAAAUCUGGUGUUUCCGGUCAAGAAAAAAUACUGGAUGCUGAAUAUAAAAUUACUUCGGCGUUAUCCAAAUAUUUAAUAAAGGGUCAAAUAAAGCCAUCCCUUAUUGAAAAAUAUCUUGAUAUCGAUAUUGAAGGUGAAGAUGUUGCUGCUGUUGCUCAUAAGGGAUCACAAGAGGAUCAUCUCGAAAGUUUUGACAUCAAUAUACCUGAAUACCGUCACGCGUAUGAUCUGAUCUGUUCUAAACUCGAAGAUAUACGCAAGGCUGAUAAAAAUAAAUGGCAUCAUCGGCCUAUAUUUAGACAUGCACGCUUGAUUUAUCAUGUGGAACAAAAGCCGGAAAUUGCCAAAUCAAUACUAUCACCUUUGUUUCAUUUAAAGUUGACAUCCAAAACGUUUAUGAAUGUUUGGAAACCUGAAUUCGAAAGAUCGGGCAGACACUUUGUUUACGUACACAAAUAUAUACUAUUCUAUAUGAAACUGGCCAAGGUGACAUUGGAUGUUGAUACGUUAAAUAAAAUUUCGGAAAAGCUUCGAAAAGCUUCUAAUAUAGUACUUAAGGACGAAAUAAUACAAACGAAAUUGGCGACCGCUUCUAAAUAUGUUGAAGAGAUGCAUAAGCAAACCGUUGAUCAAGAAGUGAACAUCCAAAUUAAUGAGGACAGGGAAAUGGAAUUCGAUGAAAGAGCCAAUGCUCAACAUGAACAGCAGCAGCAGCACAAAGAAACAUCAAAUAAUGUUAUGUCUGUGGCAUCCUUAAUAACACAGGAUAGUGAUUCUAUGUUCUUCUAA